UUAUUGGAUACGCGUUGUUGCUAGGGGCGUGGGUUGCGUUGUGCCACUGAUUCUUCUCCAAACCCCCAAAGAAAGGAAACGAUAAAGGAGGAGGAACCUGGAAACGCAGGGCUGGCAUCAUCCAGAGAUGCGCCGACAGCUGUCUGAUCCGACCUAUGCCGCAGUGAGCAUAAUCUGAUAAGCGCUUCUGUCCAAACCUGACUCUGCUGCAGGACGGAACUGAGUGAAGACUGAAAGUGAGUGCGCACAGAUUUAAUGAAAAACGAUGCUCAGCAAUCACUUGUCGGAGCUGAAUCACGCCAGCUGCUGAUUCCUCUGAGUCAGGCUGAGGAAAGGGAGGACUGACCGCUGCGCACUUUCUCUGUCCCAUGAUGAGGAGCGGCUGGUGCGCGGCACAGAUUCCCCAUCCCGGCCUGUAGGCCGCAGAGGAUUUAUCUGACCAACACAUUUUGGUUUAAUGCGAUGUGGAUGAAACUCAUUCAGUAAACUCCGACUGGCGAUGACAUCAGACUGAAGUGUUGCAGUGGGACGUUACAGGGCAGCGUGGGGUGGCGUAUGGAAAUGCGUGCGUGCUCAGAGCGCAACGUUUUAAGGGGAACCAGCCACGUCCUAAACAUUCAUGAAAUCCAAGGCAUCGGGCCAUUCAUCCUAAGCUGAGCUGGCGAACUGCGUCAUUAGAAGUGCAGGUCGGCUGCAGACUCACCAGCAUGCUGCUGCAGCCAUCCCUGCACCAUGUCGCCGGUAAAUGUCUGACAUUCUAACAGGGAUGAAUUCAGCUGACAUUUCCGGCAAAGAUCCGCCUCUAGGAUCCACGUUUUCAUCUGCUCCUAACCUGGACUCGGAUAUUAACGCUAACGCCUGCAGGCAUGUGUGUGAGAAUGGGAUGGACCACAAUGUCAACAUCCAGAGCGCAGCGCUCCGCGGGGCCAGUGACCCCAGCUCCUACCCAUCCACAGAGUACCAGGGGCUGGUGCGCCGCAGGUUUAUCCGCCGAAACCUGUGGGUGUCGGACCACGAUGAGCACCCCCUGGACACUUCCGAACUCGUCAGCAACAGUCCGGUUCUCAGCAUCGACCUGCGGACUAUAGUUGACAGGAGUAGGACCCGGGCUCUGCUUCCAGAGACCUCCAGCACAGAAACACAGGUGGGCCUGAAGGACGGCGCUACGGAAAGAGUGAGCGCAGAUGAGGAGCGCAGAGACAGAGCUGAGAUGGGGCCCAAGGCGGAUGUGGGGCCAUCGGAUGUUACAGGUAAAGCAGGGAGCGAUGAGAACGAAGAGGAGCCUGGGAUGAAGGCUGUGUCCACCUCACCUGGUGGGCGCUUUCUGAAGUUCGACAUUGAGCUGGGCAGAGGGUCCUUCAAGACCGUCUACAAGGGUCUGGACACGGACACCUGGGUGGAGGUGGCCUGGUGUGAACUGCAGGAAAGGAAACUAUCCAAAGUGGAGAGGCAGCGGUUCAAAGAGGAGGCAGAAAUGCUAAAGGCAUUGCAGCAUCCCAACAUUGUGCGAUUCUAUGAUUUCUGGGAAUCACCAUUGAAAGGGAAGAAGUGCAUCGUUCUUGUGACAGAGCUAAUGACCUCAGGGACACUGAAGACGUAUCUAAAGCGCUUCAAGGUUAUGAAGCCCAAAGUUUUGAGGAGGUGGUGUCGGCAAAUUCUGAAAGGCCUCCAUUUCCUGCACACAAGGACUCCUCCCAUCAUCCACAGAGACCUCAAAUGUGACAACAUCUUCAUCACUGGUCCAACCGGCUCUGUCAAAAUAGGAGACCUUGGACUAGCAACCCUAAAGAGGGCCUCUUUUGCCAAAAGUGUUAUUGGUACUCCAGAGUUUAUGGCUCCAGAGAUGUAUGAGGAACACUAUGAUGAGGCUGUGGAUGUUUAUGCUUUUGGAAUGUGCAUGCUGGAGAUGGCCACCUCGGAGUAUCCUUACUCUGAGUGUCAGAAUGCUGCCCAGAUCUACCGCAAAGUCACAAGUGGAGUGAAACCUGCCAGCUACGGCAAAGUCAGUGACCCAGAAAUUAAAGAAAUCAUUGGCGAGUGUAUCUGCCACAGAUGGGAGGAAAGGUACUCCAUCAAGGACCUCCUGAAUCAUGCCUAUUUUGCAGAAGACACAGGAGUAAGGGUUGAGCUAAAUGAGGAGGAUGAUGGACAAAAAUGUACCAUUGCAUUAAAGCUGUGGGUUGAAGACCCUAAAAAACUGAAGGGGAAAUAUAAGGAUACUGGUGCCAUUGAGUUUACUUUCGACUUGGAGAACGAAGUUCCAGAAGUGGUUGCUCAAGAAAUGGUGGAGUCAGGAUUUUUCUUGGAAUGUGAUGUAAAGAUAGUUGGGAAGUCUAUCAGAGACCGUGUGGCUCUAAUAAAAUGGAGAAGGGCAAGGACUGGUUCACCAAAUGGAAACAGUGAAGUGAAGAAGCUACAGCAGAACCUCCUGCAGGUCCCUGGUACUGGUCCACCUGAGGAGACCAUAUUUACCACUGCAGAUUAUGAGGACCAAGAAACUCUGAUCUGCACUGUUCCUGUCAUCACAUCUGCCACAUCUGAUAGUGGAGUGAGCUCCAAUAUGCAAUUAGAUGAUUUAGGCAAUCAGCAGAAUGGCCUCUACCAGUCGCUUCCAGAAUCCAUUUCUAGUGCGCAAACCCUCUACAGUCCCCCUUCUCAAGUUGACUCCCAGCUGCACCCAGGACCCUACCAGCAAUCUGCAGGACAGGCCACUAAUGAAAACAACAAACAAACCACCACCCAGCUACACCAGGGAGCCUACCCACAGCAACCUACUGCAGGUCAGCAGCAGCCUGGGCCCUUCCGACAGCAAGCAACGCAACUGCACCAGGGGCAUUGUCAGUGUCAAACGACAGUCUCCGCACCAGCUACACCAGUUCCCCCUGUGCAGCAGAGCAGACAGACAUCACAGAGUUUUCCAGCCGCAGCCCCACAGGCACAACUUUCUGUCCAGUGCAACCAGGAGCAGUGUCAUCUCCAACCAGCUGCCGUCCCAUCUCAGUUGUUUUCUGCUGAGCCGCCUUCAUCACAUCUGAGUCCUCCUGAUACCUCUGGCACUUUUCCACUCUGCAGCGCUCCUCCCCCUCUUCUGCCCCUGCCCAUCAGCACUCAGUUUCCCUCCCCAUACCCUGUGGUUCAAAUACCUGCUCCCUUUUCCCCUGCUCCUUCCAACUACAGUAGCAGCGACACUACUAUUUCUGCCUCUUACUACUCACCUUCAACCCACCUUCCGUCCCUUCCUCUCACCCCCCACACAGCGCUGACAUCCAUACCUUCUCUUGGCACUCCUCAGACUUCCAUGUCCUCUCCUCAAAGUGUGCCUGGUUUGGCACUCCCUUUUACUCAUGUCGGAAUAGCCAAGUCCCCAGUAGUGUCACACCAGCAGGGUGGCGUGUCUACGUCUCAGCACCUCACCAAUAGCUUCCGUUCCACCCAGCUCUUAACUUUCUCUCAGGUACAGCCCACCCCAUUCCCUGUCCCCCACCCUGAGCAGGAACUGGCUGGCCAGCCUGUCCAGGUGACUGCUACCCAUGGUACUCUGAGAGAUGUUCGGCCUUCAGAAACAACACCCCCCAUCUUCACUUCUGAACAGACUCCAAUCUGGGGAGGUAGAAUUGAUCAAGAAUCUGAAACUUCUCCAGUUCAAGCUCCCACCUCAAUAUCCAUCUCAACUGUUGUUCAUUUUGAUGCUAAAGCUCCUAUGAGAACUUCAGCUCCAGGCCCGGGGUCAGCUCAGGCUUCUAUUGCACCUCAGACUCCAACACAAGCUCAGAAAUCCAUGCAAACUAUGGCCUCAGCACAGUUUCAAGCACCAGUAUCAGCUUCCAGUUUCACUGUAGAGCUCACAAUGGUCUCUUGUGUGAGCUCAGGUGCACAACAAAUCACCCAAGGCUUGGUAGCAAACCCAGCUCCUGUCACUCUGUCUGCAGCUCAGGCUACGGCACCUGCUGUAGCUUCCAGUCUACAGACCGCUGGCAUCGACACAACAGUCCCAGUGUCAGAGAGUGCCAGUCAGAAUAUAGAGACAUCAUCUGUUCCCUUUCGGCAGGAGACCUGUGUAGAGGAUGUUCAUCAUGAGAGGGUUUUAUCACUAUCCAGUUACACCUAUGACAGUCUUAACUCUGAUGUAGCGUCAGGAAGGGAAACAAGUGAUGGCUAUGAAAGCUUAGCAACUGGGAGCAAAGGGGACGUAAAACCCAGGAAACAUCACCGCAAGUCUGCUCGCACACGUUCUAGGCAAGAAAGGACCAGCAAACCCAAACUGAGCAUGCUCAAUGUCUGCAACACUGGCGAUAAAAUGGUUGAAUGUCAGCUGGAGACUCACAACCACAAAAUGGUAACAUUUAAGUUUGACCUGGAUGGAGAUGCUCCAGAAGAAAUUGCCACCUACAUGGUGGAGAAUGGCUUUAUCUUGCCAUUAGAGAAAGAGAUCUUCAUUGAUCAAUUAAAGGACAUUGUGGACAAAGCAGGAGACAUGUUGCAUGAAGACAUGGGGGAUGAAAAAGACGCUACUUUGAGCUGCAGUCCUCCACAGAACCAGAUGUCUGAGGUAGGGGAGAGUCAGCAGCCUGGGGCGCCGCAGCCGGUAUAUCAGCAGAAUGUUCUUCAUACAGGAAAGAGGUGGUUUAUCAUCUGCCCUGUGGAGGAGACUCCAUCCUGCAUUCAGGAGACUCCAUCUGAUGGGACAGCAAUGCAGUCACCUGGGACCUCAGCCAACACCCAGCCUGCUGACAGCACCACUGCAAGGCCCUCCACAUCCAGAGAAGAGGGUUCAUCCUCCACCAUGUCUGGUGGAAGUGGAGGGUUCACUCAUGAACUUUAUGGUUUCUACAGUCCUCCAAUAACAUCAAACACAGACCCCCUCCUUUUGGAAACCCUGUCUCCUCCGGUAUCUGCACCCCCAGCUCUUCAAUCAGUGUCUGCAAUAGAGCCUGCCGGUAGCUCUCUGCAGCCUAGCCUGCCUGUGCCCAACCCAGCCAGAGCUCAGACGUUUCCCCCUUCAUUACCCCAUACUUCGUACCAAGUGGAGGAUUCACAGGGAUCUCCUCUUGGAGCUCCCUCCCCUUCCCACGAGACUCAGAAGGUCCUUGAUUUGACCCAUUCAGUAUCAAUGGCUGAUGAGGUGCCCUGCUGUCCCCUUGUUAUGCCUCUGUCUUUGGAUGUUAACCCUCAGCAGAGCAGGUCACCUCUGACCCCUCUCCCCCUCCAGGAGCUGAGUGCCAACAAAGAACCGACCUCUGUCUCCUAUGCUCCAGCAACACGCAGCGACCUGCCACAGCAGCCCGUGGUUCUCCACCAGCCCUUUUCUGCUGUGGGAGGUUCAAAGGUGUCCUCCCUCCCCCAGAGCCCAGCACCAUCCCAGCAUGCUGCUGGGCCAAGCGAGUCUGACGGUGAAGGACGGGUUGGUCGAGGAGGUUUUGUUGAUAGCACUAUUAAAACUUUGGAUGAAAAACUGAGGAACCUGCUCUACCAGGAAUAUGCUCCCAUGUAUCCUUCAGGCAGUGCUGCAGAGACACCGGGAUCAGGGACAGAGUACAUUCAGUUUCCUCCUGGCCCGGAUAGCGCUACGGGAGGGUCUGGAAACAGCACCCCAGGGCCAAUAGGGGAGGGACGCUACAGGGCAGGGGAACAACUGCCUCAAAUUCCUGAGAGAAUGGACAGUCUGAGCACUCUGAGUGACUCAGCUGUUAGUGCUUCAUUGUCAAGAAGACACGUUCCUCACUCUUUGUCUUGCACUGGAACUCGGGGUCGAUUUAAGAUCAUCUCUGUUCCUCCUGAAGUGGCCAACAGAAGAGAUGUGAAGCAGAGGAGCUGGAGCAGCGCGGCAUCCCCUGCACACCCUGGUGGAUACAGUGGAGACCAGGUUCAAGCUGAAGCCUUGGCUACCUCCACCACCAUCGGACGUUUCUCUGUGGUGAGCACAGAAGAUGAGAUCACUCAGCGAACACGCUGCAGCCGCUACUCUGCACCGCCUGAUUUCUACCUGGACACUCCUCCUCCCAUGGAUUCAGGGGCAGAGAGCAGCCCUGCCAAGCUGGCCCCUGCUGCUGGAUCCCAGCAGCCUCGCUCUGAGCGCAGAGGAAGUGACCUCAUGAAAAGGGCAGUGGCCUUUCUCCGUCGCACUGGCCGCAGCAGCAGUGUGCAGAGCUCUGACUCACCGAGCAGACAUGGAGGUGUACCCGUCUCCGCCUAUGCUAGCAGCGACAAUGACUCAGAGAUGGAGGACUCAGACAUAAAGAGGGAACUACAGAGACUCAGGGAGAAACAUCUGCGGGAGAUCUCAGAGCUGCAAGCAUUUCAGCGAGGAGAGGUGGAGCUGCUAUAUCGCAGACUUGGUAAGGUUCCUCCACCUGGUCUAGGCCUCCUACAUGUUGCACCGCAUACAAGCCGCAGAAAGAGGUCCAGCAAACACAAGCUGAAGCCAGGAAAACUUCUCAGCCCUCUAGUUCAGCAAUUUAGGCAUGUCAAAACCAAAAGCAGUGACUCCUCUAAAUCUGGUGUGGUUCCAGCUCCAACCGAACCAGCAGUGAGUUUAAACGGCUCGCCAGGUAAAAACGCCUUCCCCGCCCACGGCAGGCCACGGUCACGGACCAGCCAUCUACCUAGCUCAGCUUCAGAGCCUGUGCAGACGCAGCAGCCCUGCUCUCUGAAAGGCUCUCUGUCCUCUGACAACAUUUAUGCUGGACUACAUGGAGACGUGUCUGGCACACAAGCUCAACCAGCACAAGGCUGGUCUAAUCCCCCUCAACCACCUGAGAGAGUGACCUAUAAAUCCAGUAGCAAACCACGAGCUAGAUUUCUCAGUGGGCCUGUGUCUUUGUCUAUCUGGUCAACGCUGAAAAGGCUGUGUAUUGGCAAAGAGAGAGGCAACAGGUCUGGGGCCUCAGCAUCAGGAACUUUCAAUCAGUCACAGCAAAUGCAUAGCGCUACACCACCUCCUCAACAGCCUGUUGUUGGCUUGGCUCAAGCUCAGGCUAACAACAGCAAUAACAAAACAAGUACAUCUAUGAAUCCCAGUGAUAAUAACCUGCCUGAAGACCUCCAAGGUCUGAUGGACGACUGGGCACAGGAGGUUCUGAUUGUGACCCACCGGCCGUGUACGGACUCUCUGAAUGUCCGUGGGCAGCAGCCGUGCCCUCGGGUUGUGCCUCAAACACUUGAACUGCCACUUCAGGCUUCAAAUGCACCACCGUGGACGUUACCCAGUCCAGAGGCUUGCGCCAAAUCCUGGCCUGACAGCCCUGAGGCUACAGGGAUGACCAGCCCUCCUGCAGGACCCUUUCACACUUAUCAGCUACAUUCUCCUGCUGCAUUCACAGCCUUGCCCUCCCCUCUUUCCUUCAAUCAGUGGCCUGGGUUUUUCUUUCCGGUUUCCACAGGCGUUUUUGCCUUUCCUGCCAUGCCCUCCACCCACUCCAGCCCUGUUUCAUCCCCAUCUCAUCAGCUGGCUGACCCCAAGGCAAAGACACUCUAAUCUGGGCAGCAUCGUGUCUUCCAACUCCGUUAUCAAAACCUUAACUUAUAAUACAGCUGCUGUAGUCAAUAUUAUGUGCAUAGAGUGUAUAUAUUUAACCAGCAUGUAUUUAAUAUGUAUAUACCCAUCUUUGCUCUUUAUAUGUAUUCCCUUUGUUUUAUUUGAGUCAUCAUACUUUAUGUUCAUUAUGUAGUUAAAAUUCUUCAAGUUUCAUUUAAGGACUUAAAUUAGCCAGAUCAGCCUUGAAGUGCAGAAAUCUGUCAUUGUUUAUUAAUGUACAUUCAUGUUCACAGAAUGUCCAUAAUGUAAUGUUCAUUCAUUUUGUACUUCAUGUAGUUGCUCAUUUCACCUCAUAUAUUUAUAUAUAGAAGCUGCCAUGUGUAUAUAUUAUUUUUUGUUUUAAUGUACAAUGCGUAUGUGUUUGUACAGUUAAGAAAAGGAUAAUAAUGGUUAGGUGUUGCAGCUGUGGAUAUUAGUGCUGCACCUUAUCAGCAACCAUUUUUGCCAUCACUGUGAAGACUUGACCUCCUGGUCAGUAGGACCUGUUGCUUUGCUCUGCUUUCUUAGCUAAGUAUACAGAGAUGCUUCAUUCUUCAUCAGUUAGAUACUUCCAGCACAAGCGCUUGUGUUAUUCUUAAAAAAAAAAUGAAUGAGCUUGAACUUUAUCCUCAGGUGCAAAAACACCUGUGAGAGUGCCUUGAAUAGCAGUUGCCGUUUUCAGAAGACAAGAAUUUCAAUUUAAAGUGGAUAUUAGAAUUAAUCAAUUCCUUGCAAACAUUUCUGACCUUUGCUUCGUUCAGCUCUCCCACCAGAUCCCUAUAACAUUCACCCUGCGUUGCAGGUAGAACUUUUGAGUAACAUGUCAGAAGCAUAUAGUUUUUGCACGCUUCUUAAAAGUAUCUGCACAUAAUGGUCACCGACUUCAACUGGGUCCUUUCAGCAUAGACAAGCAUUAAACAAAGAUCCUUGCUUAAAUUCACCUGUAGUCAUUUUGAUAGAUUGUUUUCUAAUCUUAUUCAGUUAGCCACCACCUCCAUCUCCUCCAAUUAAAGAAGUAACACACACUUUCAAGAAAUUUGUCCAAAUGACAUCAUCAUAUCAAACCUUGGGGGUUCUAGUUCUCACAUUGGGAGUGUUAGACGUUGGAAUUAAUGCCUUCAGAGAUAUUGUAUCAUCAGCAAAAAAAAGCACAAUUUUUAUCAAAUCAGGUAAAAUGAAAAUGUUCCUCUAUUUUGUUUCAAUUUAUAGAUAUAAUUGUGUAUAGCUGCAAAUUUCCAACACCAGUCUAGGGCACCUAGACCAAAACCCUGUCUGGUUUAUGCAUGAAGUUGUUUCAGAUUGGUGCAUGUGGAAAAUAAAACCCAUCCAAGUUCUCUGCAAUUGUGAGGGUAGAAUACAAUGAAUACAUGAACAAAAUACCAGUAUAGUUUAUGUUUAAGGAGAACGUAGGGAUUAAUGUUAGGCAACUAAUGUCAGCAUCUAAAAACUGCAGCUGAAAACAUCUCUAAUAUUUUGAUCAUCAUGGUUCUUAAUACACAUCAAUGGUUGUGAGUUAAGUCCUGAAGCCAAUCUGAGCUCUUAGUUUCCUCUGAUAAUAAACAAAUCAAAACAUCACUAUUAGAUACAGAAAUUUAAGUUCUUUUAAAUAGAACCCUGACUAAGAAACAUGUUCCAUACAACAUUGAGGAGAAGAAAGGUAAAAAUUUGAUCAAACAUCAGGGACAACUUGCUAAAAAUGAGAUAUACCACUCUAACUCAGCAAUGCCGGCCUAAUAAAUGGCUUAGAGUUUACAGGUCUGAGAUUAAUCACAGAAUACAUAUAAUUUAAAUAAACUAUUUCACGUACAUAUCUAAUGUGGGUUGGGAGUUUUUCUAUCUAAACUUUAAAUCAUCUUAGUCUAGCACCUCCUGGCGUAAAACUUAUUCACAAAACUACCCCAAUAAGGCGUGCUUCUACAGCCCUUAAAGCUUGUUCUUAUUCUUCGCUGAGGUCAUCUGAUGUCAGCGGGUUUUCUUCCCAAAUUUAAGAUUGUCAUCUUAGCAGUGAGAACCAGCCAAAAGUGGAAAACCAGGUUUUUAAAUAAUUUUAU